CCAUUGGUUAAACUAGGCCUUUCUAUUCGAAAUGGGUUUAAACGAUUGUUCCCUUUAAGCAUUACAGUUCACGGAUUGUUUUCGACAAGCAGUUAGCAUUAUGAAUCUGUGGUAAUCCGAUCUCUGCAGCGGAAUACAUAUUGUGCAUGCUUUGCAUACGGGAAUAUGUUUAUGAGAUUUUAAACGGCCAAUUUUAGUAUAUAUAUCGAGAAAGACGACGCUUCAAUGAAAGAAACCAUUACUUAGGAAUAUCAGAUCAGAGGGGAAAAGGGCUUAUAAUCUCUCAUUAUGACGAUGUACUUUCAACGAAAGAAUGCAAAACAGAAGGAAUAUGAACUCGAUUCGAAGGAGCCUGAAAACCUCACAGAAGAACAGAUAGCAGAAUUCAAAGAGGCUUUCUCCAUGUUCGACAAGGAUGGCGAUGAGACUAUUACCACUGAAGAGAUAGGGGGCAUCUUACGCUCUCUUGGGCAAAAUCCUACUGAAGCAGAGCUCUGGGAUAUGGUGAAUGAAGUCGAUGAAGAUGGGAAUGGUGAAGUUGACUUUUCUGAGUUCCUCAUUAUGAUGUCUAACAACAUGAAGAAAUCCGACAGCGAUGCCGAGCUCCGAGCAGUCUUCAACGUUUUUGAUGUCAACAACAGCGGUUACAUCACAUCGGAGGAGCUCGGCAAUAUCAUGUCCAGUCUCGGAGAGCGCAUGACGGAUGAGGAUAUUGAGGACAUGCUGCGGGAGGCUGACCUUGAUGGUGAUGGCAAGGUCAGCUAUGCAGAAUUCCGCUUGAUGAUGACCACAAAAGGCCAGUGAUGACCAACAAGACUAUGCAAACGUCUCUUAAGGACAUGUCGACCCAAAAUGGCCCGCUUUGGUUCUUGGAUCCAAGUUGAUUCUAAGCUUGGAUUAUGUAUUAGGCCAGCUGCAGGACGUCUAUUCGGAUUUCUCCCAAUAUUGUUGUGGGCAACUUGGCAUCUAAUCGCCUGUUUUGCCUAUUGUGGAUAAUGGACGAGCUCAUGAGCGAAACUUAUUGGCUAAUAUCUCGCCAUGACUAGUCGCAUUGCGCGGUUAUAUCUAUAGCAUAAACGUUUAUGUAUUUAUUUGAUAACCAUAAAAUGUCACAAAUUAUUCCGUUUUGUUAUCGAGUAGUGAAGCACGAUCGUCACAUUCAUAUCAUUGUAAAUAACAUUAUGUGGUUCGAUAUGUGAUCUAGGACAUUGGGGUAGUGUCAAUAGGGCUCUAGCAUGAAUCGCCUGCGGCCGGCCAUCACUACUUUAUAAUUGUAAUGUCUGUGAUUGUACAUUUUCUAAUGCAUUCAAGAACUACAGUAACAAUCAUCCGUAAUUCCCGCGAUUCCGAUUGCUUUUAUCACAUGUUUACUUUUCCUCACGUUUAUGCUAGUGCAUGUAUACAUCUUUUGGCCAGAUGUGGUUAGUUCAGAACGAUGAUAGACCGUGUCCAUGCACAAGCCAGUACUACAUGAACAUGUACAUGUAUUAGCAAAUUACUUCGUUUUGUUGGAAGCGUCGGCAAUCAAAAAGCAACCAUGCCGUGUAGACUCUACUGAUGCAUUCAUAUACAAUGAAUAAAAAUUGUUAUUUACAACAAUUGUCCAUUGGUAGUACUGCCAUUGUGAGAUCAGAGAGACACUCAGUGGAAAUCCCCGCGUCUUAUCGCUCAAGCAGUUGAGCUGUGCGACAUCCCGUCGUGUGACGUAUAUAAUUUGUUUACAAGUCACUGAUCUCACGAUAAUCACAAUGUUUGAGUUAACAUCAUUUAAGGUUUAACCCUAAUUCCUGCAGUGCUGCCAUUUAAGGACAUUGAGCUCGAUCCAACCGACCCCCGGUGAUGCUCAUGGCUCGUGUUGGAAGUUCAGCAAUGGUGGGUGAACAAAAAUCGCUCAGUGACUCAAAUAUCAUAUUCGGAGAGCUCCGCAAGCCAAGGAAAACAAAACCCACUUUACUUUGUUGUACCAGUAAACAGAAAGAAGAGCUGAGAUAAUAUCUCUGGGCUGAAAAUGAUUAUUAUGCUUCGUAUAUAUCAAUA